CUUUGGCCAUUUUUUGUAAGGAGUAAUACCAAACUCUCUCUUUUCAGUUUUGACAUACAACACUUGAAAGUGGAAACUACGGUUCACACCUCACAUUUCUUGAGGUAGAAAAACCAUUUCUUCUACAUUUUCUUAGACAAAUUGAUAGUGCCAUUUCGCAGAGGGAGAUCAAAGGCUUGGAAACGGCUGAAGAUUUGAGAGAUGGCGAACGGUGCAGUGGAUUGUGCUGAGAGGGCGACGAGUGACAUGCUGAUCGGCCCUGACUGGGCAAUUAACAUUGAGCUUUGUGAUAUUAUAAACUCGAACCCUGGGAUACCAAGCACUGGUUUCGGGCAGAAUGUCUGGGGCACCAGUUUGGCCAAACCCGCCCGAUGCACAUUGGCGUCCCCGCAAGGUGAGGGUCCGGGGAAGGUUCCCACCACAAGGUUGUAUAAGGCCAUAAGGGGUAAGUCUUCCCUUGUCAUUUUUGACAAGCGGCCACUCCCAAGACUUGAACACGUUACCUAUCGGUCACACAACAACACCGUAACCGCUGCGCCAAGGUUCCCCAUUGAGUUCUUAUAAUUACUUAUCAUCAUCAUCAUCAUCAUCAUUACCCCAGUGCCGCAAAGGCUCCUACAUAUGGUGGGGCAAGGGCCCCCAUAUGUACGCAACCUUACCCUUGUACUAAAGCACAAAUAGACUGUUUCCGGAUGACCCAUAGCGAAAAUGGCGUCGAAAAUUGCACUCUCUAAUACUCUGUUGUUUUCCUCCUACAUGUGUUUACUAUAAUCAUUUUAUCCACUAACCCAAACUCAAUUAAUUUCUUUUGUGGAAUGGGUUGUGAGGUACAUUCCCUUCAUAAAUAAUUUUAUUCUUCUUUCUCUUUGUUUAAAUGACAGUUCUCUUUGGUCAUUGAGAACUAGAAGAAUUUUCUUGCAGGGGCACAAUUGCUCAAUAAACCCGGGGUCAUUUCAGAUCCCUUUCUGCUUCGAGAACAGUAUUUGUUUGUGAUUGCAUGUUAUUUUCCCUAUCACAUUGCGUUGCAUGAUGGCAAAAUUCGGUGCAUGUUGGUAAAUGCACAUUAAGGGCCUAAGAGGUGUAAAUUUUCAUUUGGAUUUCUAGAAUGUUUUGCUUUUAUAGUUUCAGCUUUAUAGACAAUUCCCAUAUUUCCUGAAUAUCCUAAAAGUGUGCGCAUAUGAAAAUUAUACAGGGUUACUGCCCUCAUAGUACAACAACCUAGUUUUACUCCCAAAUCAUUGGGUCAACAUCUUUAACCAAUCAGAAUAUAACUUGAGGUCACCCACUAACCCUGAUCCACCACUAUAUUAAUUUCAAUUCGUUUCUAUAAUGGAUUAUAUGCUCAUGAAUUCCAAAUGCCGUAAUGUCUCUUUUACACCCCCAAACUAUGUCAUCUUAGGUCUACCAUUACUCAUUUUGAUUUCCCCUCUUUACUGGUAUAGUCAUUUUUUCUUUCUUGCUAAUCCAUGGAAAUCAUAUGUUCUUCCUUCUACACCCGCUCUCUCAAGUUCCUCCUAUUGGUGACCUCAUUUGAGCUAAUUUCUUUUUGCACUUUGACCUUCAAUGCUUCUGUAAUCCAUUACCAUCCAAGGCCUUCAAUUUAUCCCAAUUGCAAUCUUCUAGCCUUCAAUUUAUCCAAGAAGCAGUCACUUUCUGUAAAAACAAACUCCAUGUUGAGCUUGGGAUGCCAUAUCAUCUAUUUUAUCCUAAGAAGCUAAUUAUAUCCAAUUGCUCUUCCACUGCUUUAAUGAUUAAGGUCUGCUGCCACAGAAGGAGAGCUCUCUCCUCCCUUUAGAGCCAUAUAGCAGGACAGUCUGCUUCAUCAUCAGUCUCUUGGCCUUUUCCAUUUUGUCAUCAUCCGAGAUAAACUCUUUAUCCUUGUGAAUGUCGGGGUUUUAACCCUAUGCUUAAUUUUAUUCAGCAUAUCCUUAUAAUUUAGUCUCCAUCCCAUAACCCUGAUAACCAGAGACUCAUUGAAACUUAAACCC